GAAAUGUUGUCUUGCUUCUGAGAGAGUCAAAAUUUCGGAAGUUGAUCAGCGUCUGCUGCCCGAUAUAACUCGAAAAACAUGUAGAAAAAAGACUUCUUAGUAGAAAUGUUGUUUUUCUAGGUUUUUCAGUGGCGAGAAAGUGAUAAAUAUUUAAGAGAUUGUCGUUGGACCAUAAAGAAACCAUUAUCAAUACGAGAUAUUGCUUGUGGGAAAAGUCUGCAUAUUGUAACAGGUUGGUCUCCUUGACAUUCACAGAGUUGGAAAAAAUAAAUUAAAUUAUCCGCUAGUUACAAGAUGUGAUGGUGUUGGUCUUGCGGUAUACAGUUGUCUGGUUAUGACUGAGCUCAUGUGAGAAGAGUGCUUCCAGUUUGACUAAACACUCCAGUUUUUCUCCAAGAUUGGAUCGAUAAGAGAUGACGCUUCCUGGACCUCUAGGAAGAACAAUUUAGAAGUGAUAGAUCUAUCCAGUAUUAAUAAAGUUAGUUUAGUUUAGGUUUCCUCCUGUAGAAAGAUUGGAUCAAUAAGAGAUGAUCCUUACUGGAUCUCUAGGAAGAACAGUUUAGAACUGAUAGAGCUAUCCAGUAUAAAUAAAGUUACUUUAGUUUGUGUUUCCUCCUGUAGUAACACUGGAUCAAUAAGAGAUGAUCCUUACUGGACCUCUAGGAAGAACAGUUUAGAAUUGAUAGAGCUAUCCAGUAUAAAUAAAGUUAGUUUAUGUUUCCUCCUGUAGUAACAUUGGAUCAAUGAGAGAUGAUUCUUACUGGAUCUCUAGGAAGAACAGUUUAGAAUUGAUAGAGCUAUCCAGUAUAAAUAAAGUUAGUUUAGUUUAUGUUUCCUCCUGUAGUAACAUUGGAUCAAUAGAGACCUUAAGAUUGACGUUUACGGCAAACGUCAAACCGCUAGCGAAGUUUUUGAUUUUACAGCUCUAUUAUUGUAGCUUUUACACCAGUUUUGAAAUAUGUUAAACUGAUUAAACUUCUGCUCUUUAGCAAUGAUUUAAGAAAGAAAAUUAACCACUAGUCAUGCCAUUCACCAAAGCAGUAAAUGAAGAUUUGGCGUUUGAAGUUGACGUUUGACGUAUAAAUUUCAUGCUUUAACGACUAUACAAGCCCUCGUAGCAGUUCAAGCAUGAAAUCUAUACGCCAAACGCCAACUUCAAACGCCAAAUCUUAAUUUACUGCUUUGGUGAAUGGCAUGACUAGUGGUUAAUUUGCUUUCUUAAAUCAUUGCUAAAGAGCACAAGUUUAAUAAAUUUAACAUAUUUCAAAACUGGUGUAAAAGCUAUUAUAAUAGAGUUGUAAAAUCAAAAACUUCGCUAGCGGUUUGACGUUUGCCGUAAACGUCAAUCUUAAGGUCUCUAAUGAGAGAUGACACUUACUGGACCUCUAGAGCGAAGAGUUUAGAACUGAUGUCCAGUAUAAAUAAUACAUAUAGAAUAAGUAUAUUGCUUUUAAAAUUCAUCUAAAGAAGAGUGUCAUUCUUUUCUGUCUUUCUUUCUUUCUUUGCAGAUCAGGGUGAAGUGUACGUGGAAGAUGGAGCGAAUGCGUGCGUGAAGAAGCCCGUCAAGAUUUCUUCCCGAAACCAGAAUGUUAUUAAAACUAACCAUGCUCUCAAACAGGACGAAUUCGUGGAAAUGCCAUUAACCCGUGUGCGUCAUACUCACAGAGCUGUUAGAAUCAUUUGUGAUAAAUAUUCACAAAACAUAGCUGUUCUACAAGCGCAUCCUUCAUUUGGGUGAGUGAAGUUCAGUUUGUGUAUUGCUACAUUUCAUAUUGUAACAUGUCCAAGAAUUGAGAAAAUUAAUCUAGACAUCACUCAAUUGUAUUUAUUUACCACCAAAUACAAGACUGUUAGAUGUAGUGAAAAGAAUGAACAUUAUUUUCUUACUCUAGUAAUUCUGGUAACCAAUAAUCGUCGCUAUAACCUGAGCCUGUGUACAGAUUAUUACAGCAUAAUACAGUGUGUACACAGGGUUGCUAUAACCUGAGCCUGUGUACAGAUUAUUACAGCAUAAUACAGUGUGUACACAGGGUUGCUGUAACCUGAGCUAUGUUUUUUUUCAGAUGUUCAACCAUCCCUCAUGUUUCACCGCCAGAAAUGACGAAUGAUAUGAAAACAUUGUUUGAAGACCGAAGCGACAGCCAUGAUUUGGAAAUGAAGGUAUAUAAAGGAACGUUGCCUAGGGCUAGCAUUUCUAAACCCGAGUCACUUACAUCAACUCUCGUCACAAUUUGAAAGAUGGUUGGCAAUCAAAAUGGUUGUCAGUCAAACGCCAGAGUUGCAACUCUCAUCAAUUCUCAUCGUCGUUUGACCGCUGCUUAAAGGCACAGUUCGACUUUACGAAUGAUGGUUUUUAAGGCGCAUUUCAGCCCUUUUAUUAAAAAAACUAACUAGGAAAAUCAAUUAUGCAUAAUUCAAGAUCAGUAAACUCGAUGUUUUUAACAACAAAAUGUUUUAAAAUGUUAGAAACAUUAAGUUUGCUAAUCUUGAAUCAUGCUUAAUUGAUUUUCCUAGUUAGUUUUUUCAAUUAAAAGGGCUGAAAUGCGCCUUAAAAACUAUCAUUCAAAAGGCUGAACUGUGCCUUCAACUCUGAGCCCUCAGUUGUCACGCACUUUUAUCAUGUGCUCGUGGGCUCACGUGAACAACCUGUGUAAUGGUCAUUAAACAACUCAUUGUCAUUUCAGGUAAAAGAAAAAACCAUCUACGCUCAUCAGGUUGUACUUGCGCAGGGCAGUGAUAAACUCCGAACUUUGAUAAACGAGUGUAAGCAGGAAGUGUGUCUGGAAUACUCUCAGACUCCGCUCAUCUAUCUCGACGAGGAAGAUAUUGAGAUCAUGAAUGAAAUGAUUGAAUUUCUUUAUACUGGAAGUUGUGCUUCAUUACCUCUGCGUGAUGGCAAGAACUGUGAGAGACAACUGACUGAUGAAGAUAUACUGGAUGAACUAGCAUUGGGUUUACAGGAUGUUGAUUUCGACAAUCUUGAUACAGGUGAGUUUCACUGUAGAUACGGCACAGCAAGUGAGACGACACGGCAAGCCUGAAGGGAAAUACAGUAAUCAGAAAUGACUUUCCGUGUUAAUAGCUUGAACUGGUGUCACAAGAUUAGGGUGAGGGUUAGAGUUGGUUGGAAUGCGAGUUACUAGUGCCUGCUUUGCUGGCUAGAUUAGGAUAGGAGUCAAGAUUCAGAUUAUGGGUUCAGAUUAGGGUUUGGGUUGGAAAUGGGAUAAGCAGCAAUCUUUUGUGGAAGAUACAACUUUGAAUAAUAGAAAAAGAACACAGCGAAGGUUGUUGGUCUGUUAUGAGUGUUAUCAGAGUUCCAUAACUACAGUAUCAAUGCAUUAUUAUACUUGAAAUUGAUCACCAUUGUCUUCACUGACAUCCAGCCAUAUCAUAUCUAGUGUACUUUGAGCCUGAACCUGUCAAGCGAGACAAGAAGUCAACGCGAUCAAAGAAAAACAAAAAAGAUGGUGGAAAUAAAGAUUUGGGAAGUGCAGGAAGUGAAUACUCUGGAGAGCUGUCAGGAAAGAGAAAAGAAUUAUUACGUGUUGCGAAGAAGUAUCGGAUUACUGAACUCUUUUCACGGUACGUGAAUAUUCCUGUAAAUGCAUGUGUGUUUGCUUGUCUCGUGGAUUACUCCGCUUUCCUUCCUCUUCCACCAUGAUCUUAAUCUUCGUUCUGUUGUUGUGUUUGCUGCAGGCUCCAGGAUUCAGACCAAAGUGAAAUGAGACAAAGGUGUUUUCACAGAAGCAAGCUGUAAGUUCAAAUUGCUGUGCUGAGUGGUUAUAUUACUACCUGAAAAAAAAAAACAAGCAGAAACUCGACGUUUCGAGCGAAGGCCCUUCGUCAAGAGUUAGUACUUAGUAGCCAAACUUGACGAAGGGCCUUCGCUCGAAACGUUGAGUUUCUGCUUGGGUUUUUCAGAUAGUAAUAUAACCACUCAGCACAGCAAUUUCACAUUGGUACUACCCACACUGGUACAGACAGUUUUAGCUGUAAGUUCACGCAUUCUUGGUCUGAGUAAGCGCUACAGGACACGUUGGCAACUUCACAACUAAAUAACACUUUCUAGGAGCAAGAAAAUUAAAUCAGGAAUCUCCAAUUUCUAUUUAUUUGCUUCCAAAUACAAGAUUGCUAUAUAUCAUGAAAACAUCAUUUUCUCACUCUGAUAACUGUAGAUUGGGCACCAUCUGCUGCACGAAAGUGCUUCGUGGAAACCUAUCAAUUUCAUAAAAACCAAUACCAGCCGACAAUUUCAAAAAAUAUAAUACAAAACAUAAUCCGAAGAUAAGCAUCUUGAAACCCAAAAUAUGAGUCAAACAAGAAAGUGAGUGAGUAAUAUUUCGAUUUUAUUACAAAAUCAUCAUCAGACUAACUCAGUUAGUCUGAUGAUGAUUUUGUAAUAAAAUCGAAAUAUUACUCACUCACUUUCUUGUUUGACUCAUAUUUUGGGUUUCAAGAUGCUUAUCUUCGGAUUAUGUUUUGUAUUAUUUCAAUUUCAUGUUUCUGAAUAUUGUUUAGUUCUGAAUAUUGUGAUGUGGUGAUGGAAGCUGAAGAUGAAGUGGAGUUUUCCUGUCACAAAUGUAUACUUGUCUCGCGUCUUGGUGCGUAAUUUGGUUGAUAUUUACUCAUGAAUUAUUGAGUUUGAGAUAUUUGAUUGAACACGACUUUGUUUUCUUUCAUAUUUCAGAGUAUUUCUCAAUGAUGUUAACGACUGGUUGGAUGGAGGUACAUAAACGAACUUUAAAAUUUUAACACAUUAGUAUUUGUUAUUUCAUGAUUGUAUUUUUUAUUUUUCUAGUCUUCUGAAGAAUUUGUUCGUCUGAAAAUGCCGAUACCAUCGCGCGUUCUUAAAGUUAUCAUUGAGUUUCUCUACACCGACGAAGCUCCUACAGUUAAGGGUAUCUGAUUUACAUGAGAAUGUUAAACUUUUCAUUAAUAUAUAGUAUUCUUGUAAUUAUGUCCUUUGAUAAUUUUUAGAUAGCAAGGACUUGGAGUUUCUUGGAAAGGUCUUGACUGUUGCCGACCAGGUUAAUACAUUUUAAACAAACUAAACUUUAUUUAUAUUUGUUCUUCCAAGAAGUCCAGUAAGCAUCAUCUCUUAUUGAUCCAGUGUUACAACAAGAGGAAACCUAAACUAAACUACCUUUAUUUAUACUGGAUAGCUCUAUCAGUUCUAAACCGUUCUCCCUAGAGGUCCAGUGAGGAUUAUCUCUUAUUGAUCGAGUGUUACAACAAGAGGAAACCUAAACUAAACUAACUUUAUUUAUACAGGAUAGCUCAAUCAGUUCUAAACUGUUCUUCCUAGAGGUCCAGUAAGGAUCAUCUCUUAUUGAUCCAGUGUUACUACAGGAGGAAACCUAAACUAAACUAACUUUUUUUGCACUGGAUACCUCUAUCAGUUCUAAACUAUUCUCCCUAACGGUUCAUUCACCUGACGAUUUUUCUUGCAGCUUUGGAUUAUCCGAUUAAGAGAAAUGUGCGAAGCAACACUGGCAUCGUUGAGUAAGUUGAUUAGAUAAAUACUUAAUUGUAAGAAAUACCUAAUUGUCACUCACAAGAAUCGCUAAUUUUGCUCUUUCAGUUUCUUUGAAGAAUGCAAUUGAAAUGCUGGAAUUUUCGUGUUUGUACAACGCAGAGAAACUGAAGAAUGUGUGUCUGGAGUUUAUAUGUAUGAACGUUAGUUCCUUGUUUGAAGCAGGGUAAAGUUUGCAAGUUUUUAUCUUAUAGACAAUGACUUACCAAACAGUCCGCAAUUAUGAAUUUAAAAACGAAUAAUAUGUAGAAUAAUAAAUAUAUUUUUACAUAAUAAUAAUACUAAAUUUUCUUGUUUCUUACAACAGAAGUCUUGAAAUGUUGAGUGAAGAUGUGUUGGAUGAACUUUCCAAAGCUUAUCGACAAAUGGUAAGUCUCUCUUCCAAUGGUUUCCUGUCUGAUUAUAUAAUAUCGCCUCAGAGGAAAGUGCUUUUAGUUUGAUUCUGCCAAGCACCGCAUUUCUCCCGAUGAUCCUUACUGGACCUCUAGGGAGAACAGUUUAGAACUGUUAGAGCUAUCCAAUAAAGUUAGUUUAGUUUAGGUUUCCUCCUGUGAUUUCCUCCUGUAGUAACACUGGACCAUUCAAGAACUGGAUCUUUAGGGUGAACAGAAAAAUGCCAGUUCAGACAUUUUACAUGAAAACGUCGUAUUUAGAUACCUCGUGUGUCUUGGCGUGUGAUCACCCCUAAUGAUGUUCAUCUCUCGGUCCCAUGGCCUCAGGCUGAAAGUCCAAAGACCAAACGUAAGACUUCUCGUUCUCAGAGGAAGUCCAGAACAAGCGAAAGUGACGUCACAGAAGAAUGCGCGGUCCGACAGAAUGGAACCGAAGUGGUGAGUUUAUCGUAUAAAGCCGUUGGAUGAGUACAAAUUUUUUUCUUCAAAAUGUCGUACAAAUGUAUACAAGUUAACACUUUGUGUUGGCGACACAGUGAAUGUUAUUGCUUAUGUUUUUCACUUCUUUGACUAUCUAUGGCUUGAUUCUUGCAAUGAUGUACUGUAGUUGUCUCAUUGGUUUUUUUUUCGUUGCAAGUUGUUUCCAGUAAAGUAAAACAGAACCAGUAAGCGAUGGCCCUAACUGAAUCUCUGGAGAACAAUUCAGAACUGAUAGAGCUAUCCAGUAUAAGUUAGUUUUAUUAAGUUAGUUUAAUAAGUUAGUCAUUAUUUCCACUUUAUUUAGAGUGAAUUGGCGAAAGAAAAUAUUGAAGUGGAAGAGAAAUUAGCUGAAAAUAAACAGAAUGUUGAUAAACAUGACAACGUCCUGGCUUCAGAAAGCAAAUCAGAGAGUAGAAAUUCUUCCCAAGACGUUGUGCAUGUGGGCAAAACUGAAAAGUCUAACAAUGGACUAUGGUACCAGAAAUCUUCGUCCGACUGUCCGACACUUGUCAAUCCCGUGUUGGCUACGAAAAAAGUGCAGAAAACUGGAUCUAGUCCACGUCCAGUUGGCAGUCGAAAAAAUGUAAGUUUGUAUAUACGUUUUAUAAGAAUGUAUGUAUUAUUUGUUGUUCAUGACAUGUUUGUGGAUAUAUUUAUUUGUGAUACUCAUGUGAAACAGAUUAUCCUAAGAUAUUGUUUUUGUUAGAACGAGUCUGACGAGAAGCAGCCAUGGGGGAGUCAGAGGUAUUUCUUCGAUUUUCAUGUAGCCCGGUGUAGAGCUUACUUGCAGCUUAAUCUUGAUUGUAUUUUUUAAAUCUCACAAUAAAGUUUUAUUUUACAUUGCUGUAUGAUUUUACAUUGUUUCUUACUUUUCAGUUUGAGUCCACAAUCGUCUAACUUGCGAACUAUCAUGGAACAACAGGAAAAGAAAGUACAGCUUGAGAAACCAAGGAAAGAAGGCAAAAGGUGGGAAAGUUGUUGAAGAAAUGCCUGUAAUAAUACUAGGAAGAACAGUUUUGAACAGAUAUAAAUACAGUUAGUGAUGAAUAGACAUAAUGGAUAGAUUUUUUUGUCUUUUCUAGUCCACUGUCUGGCAAGACUCGACUGUCUCAGAAAGAACGUAAGAAAAUAUGGAGAUCUGCUGAAGAACAAGAUUCAUUACUUCACAACAGCAGCGAACCUCCUGAACUCAAUGGUCAUGAUAUUGCAACGUCACCAGUUAAUCCAUGGUAUGUCUGUCUCUCACCAUAACACCUUUCAUGGUAUGUCUGUCUCUCACUAUAACACCCUUCAUGGUAUGUCUGUCUCCAACCAUAACACCCUUCAUGGUAUGUCUGUCUCCAACUAUAACACUUUUCAUGGUAUGUCUGUCUCCAACCAUAACACCCUUCAUGGUAUGUCUGUCUCCAACCAUAACACCCUUCAUGAUAUGUCUGUCACCCACCAUAACAUGCUUCCCAAACCACAACCCAAACCUUCCCAAACCACAACCCAAACCCAAACCCAAACCUUCCCAAACCACAACCCAAAGGGACGGAUAUUUUCACACCUUUUUAUGGAAUAUCUUUCAUGAAGAUUUUUGUUUUUUAGGAAUAGUUUUUCUCCUCUGUCGAGACCAUCCCUGUCAUUCAGAGAACUGCUCCAGGAGGAGGAGAGCCUGGGAACGAGUGUCUCUAGUCCCAAAAAGAAAAACAAAGUAGUGAAACGCAAUUUAUUUGUAGCUGAUGAAAAAUGCCAAACUACAAGGUAGCAACAAUGCAUGUCAAUUCUCAACAACUCUUAUUCUCGUUUGACUGGGACGUGUAUAUUUUAAGAAAUUUUUGCAUGCUCUACUUUACUUUGAAAAAUGUUAAAUGUUUCUCUCAAUUUCAGCGCGUGGCAACAGAACAAUGUUGCAUGUUCACCUCCCAAUAAUUCUAACAUGAAGUUCGACAAAAUUCAAGAACUUCAAGAACAAGAAACUGCAAACCGAGAAAGGUAACGCGAACGUCAAAUGUUUUAUCACGCACGUCCUAAUCACCGACUAAGUAUUUUCUUAAUCUAUCUCCUAAUGAACCCUGCUUUAUCUCACUCUGCGGAAUGACAUUCUGAUUUACUCGUCAAGGUAGAGUGUUGGUAUUAUUGGGUUAACCUGAGUUUUAUCGUCUCUUGAAACACUUUCUCGUUUUCUUUAAGGGAUAUGAAGAAGCCAUUAUCAUUGAUCCAGGUAAAUCAAUACAGAUAGCCUAGAUUGAGAGAGAUAUGACGACUAGUUCCUCGGGUAGAGGAGAACUGAUCACGUGAUCGGCUAGUUGUGUUGUUUGUGGCGUCAGAUAUAACCCAAUCUCUAAGCCUAAUCCUUAAUCUAACCAUAACCCUAACCCCAACACUAAUCACUAUAACUAACUGAUGACGUAAUAUGUGAUGCAAAUUGUUCUACCCGAGGAAGUACCCGAUAUGACUACCUGGAUAAUAUAAGCACAACUUCGACGUUUCAAGCAAAGACCCUACGUCCGGAAUUCGUAACCACCACGGUGAAGUGUUUUUCGUACACAAACCACGGCCACUUCCGUCGAUCACUACUACAGUAUGUCAGAUUGGCCAGAAUAAUGCUUACGUAUUAUUUUAUUUUUCUUCAGAUCGAGGACAAAGCGAUUGAGCAACUCCUAGAACACUACGGUGGCAGAUACAAUCCUUGCGAGUAUAUUGUCGUUGAGCGGCAAACACGAUCAGCGGGCAGUCCUGAUUGGGUGAAAUAAGUAUUCUAUAUACCUGUUCGCAGGCUAGAAACUCCAUGAGACUGCAUUUAUAAAUUAGUGAGGUGGUGGCAACCUUAUUUAUCACUCUGAUAACUGUCGGUUGAUCAUCAUCAUAUCACAAUAGUGCUUGGGAAAACCAUUGAUCUCCAUAUGUAUCUGUAUUAAGAAAUCGAGUCCAAAAACUUGGCUUCACUUUUUUCAUAGGAAUGGACCAUUCCCCAAUUAACCAAAAUUUUGAACUCAACAAGUCUAGACAAAAAUUUCAUCACAGCUUGAAAGAGCAUCACAAAAUUAGUAAUAUUCCAAAGUUUCGUUGCAAAAUGUUGUAAAAUGCGGAUAAUAUAACCUUGCGAAGUUUGCAAUUUUCAGACAUUUUAGAUUACAAACGGGAAACGGUUACCACUGCUGUGCGUAAUACAAAAUGAUUGAGAACUACAAACUUCGCAAGGCUAUAUUAUCCGCAUUUUACAACAUUUUGCAACUAUAUUUUGGAAUAUUACUAAUUUUAUGAUGCUCUUUCAAGCUGUGAUGAAAUUUUUCUUUAGGCUGUUAAGAUCAAAAUUUUGGAAAAGUGGUAACCAUUUCCCGUUUGUAAUCUAAAAUGACUGCAAAUUUCGCAAGGCUAUAUUAUCCGCAUUUUACAACAUUUUGCAACGAAACUUUGGAAUAUUACUAAUUUUGUGAUGCUCUUUCAUGCUAUGAUGGAAUUUUGUCUAGACUUGUUGAGAUCAAAAUUUUGGCUAAUUGGGGAAUGGUCCAUUCAUAGGCAGAAUGACUGGCGUUCUUGGUCCAGAUAAUAUAUAGAGCUCACUCGGUGAAACCCAGCUAUUUGUAGUUUCAUCAAUCUUUUACCCAAAGCAUGGCUGUUGGAAGGUAGGUGCUUGGCUCUCAGUACGAAAUUGUUGUUAUAAAUAAAAGAAAUGAACAGAAUCAGAGAUAUUAUCUACAUCAAUAUAUAUGUCGGUCAAAUCGUAAAAAAAUAAAAAUUUAACUGUAUUUACAAAUACAUUAAAAGAAGUUAAAUUAAGAAAACGAGUUAAUUAAAUUGCUUUAUUUUCGUGAAAUAUUAAGAACUUGUGACAAACAAAAGAGUGUUGUAUUGGGAAUUUUAUGAUAUGAUAUUUCAACUGUAAUACUAUUUUUACAAUAUAUUUUUAAAAGUGUG